UACGUAGCGGGAAGACCGCAGUGCGCAUGCGCCAGUCCAUCCAAACGAACAGGCAUCAUGGCAGACGUACUGGAUCUUCAUGAAGCGGGAGGCGAAGACUUUCCUAUGGACGAGGACGGAGAUGAGAGUAUUCACAAGCUGAAAGAAAAGGCCAAGAAGAGGAAGGGUCGUGGUUUUGGAUCUGAGGAAGGUGCGAGGUCCAGAGUGCGAGAAGACUACGAUACAGUGGAGCAGGAUGGUGAUGAGCCUGGCCCACAAAGAUCCGUUGAAGGAUGGAUCCUCUUCGUCACGGGCGUUCAUGAGGAAGCAACAGAAGAAGACAUCCAUGACAAAUUUUCUGAAUUUGGUGAGAUCAAGAAUCUCCAUCUCAACCUGGACAGGAGAACGGGUUACCUGAAGGGUUAUGCACUGGUGGAAUAUGAAACAUACAAAGAGGCACAGGCUGCCAUGGAGGGGCUGAAUGGCCAAGAUCUAAUGGGUCAACCGAUCAGUGUUGAUUGGUGCUUUGUCAGGGGGCCACCGAAGAGCAAGAGGAGGGGUGGAAGGAGACGUAGCAGAAGUCCAGACAGGCGACGGCGCUGAUUUCCUCGUCUCCAGCAUCCGCCACUUUGCCUUUUACAGUGUGUUGUAAUACAGAGGCAGUUUGGCUGCAUGCAUUUCUCUAAUGGGUAGUUUAUUUUUUUUUUGUUGGUUUUUUUUUGUUUUGUUUUUUUUAGAUUUUAGUGCUUUUUUUUUAUUAUUUUGAUUUUUUUCCUGUCUUGAGUGUCAUCCAGCUGCUGUGUGUAGUUUUCUCUACAACGGAGGACCAACAGCACUGCAGCAGCUCUUGUAAUAUGACAUCUGUAUAGUAUUGGUUUCUUGGUUUUACUUAAUUUUUGUACAAAAUUGAGGAAACUGGUCCUCAAUAAUCAGCCUAGGUUAGCAUGUCGCAGGUAAAACACAUUCAUUUUAAAGAUGCUUGUUUGUACACUUCUAAUAAAUUUGUUUGGGGUUAUGUUUA